AGGAAGCGACAGUCACGACGAUCAUGGCUGAACGGACGCCGCUGCUGCAUUACCGGCUCUCCGCCAGCGUCAACGAGUCCGGCGAGCAGCGGGAGACCCUCAGCAGACGAGAUGAAGACGAGCACCGGAGCGCCGCGACCGUACGCCGUAAAUCCGCCGUCAAACAGCCUCCAAAACUGAACACUUUCUUCGGCGUUGUGAUUCCGACACUCCUGUCAAUGUUCAGUGUGGUGCUGUUCCUCAGGCUAGGUUUCGUUGUGGGUCAGUGUGGUCUCUAUCAGACGAUAUUGAUGCUCCUGGUGGCGUACUUCAUCAUCAGUAUGACGGUGCUGUCUGUGUGUGCGAUCUCUACAAACGGAGCGCUUGAUGCUGGAGGAGCGUACUAUAUGAUAAGUCGUGCUCUGGGUCCAGAGAUUGGAGGCAGUAUCGGCAUCAUGUUCUUCUUUGCUAAUGUGUGCGGUAGCGCCCUCUAUGUGCUGGGAGUCGUAGAGGCGGCUCUCGCAACCUUUGGAAUUCCUGAAGGAGGGUCAUCAGUGUCUGUCUCGGGGUACGCGGUGUUGCCGAUGGGAUACUGGUGGUCUUUGCUUUAUGGCACGGUGCUUUUGCUGCUCUGUUUGGUGGUGUGUUUGGUCGGCGCUCAUAUCUACGCUAAAGCCACCUUCAUCAUUUUCCUUGUCGUCAUGGUGGUUUUGGGCACCAUCUUUGUCAGUUUCUUUGCCGUGAGGCCUCAAACCAUCUCUCUGCCCGGCUCCUCGAACUCCUCCAUUGGCCCAACGAGUGCCAACUUCACUGGCUUUAAACUCGACACACUGACGGGAAACCUACAAGCUAACUACACAGUGGACUACACUACAGGAGUGAUGAUGUCAUUUGCCACCGUCUUUGCAGUGAUGUUUAACGGAUGUACAGGAAUCAUGGCUGGAUCCAACAUGUCUGGUGAUCUGAAGAGCCCCAGUUACUCGAUUCCUCGUGGCACCAUCACGGCCGUCAUCUUUACCUUCAUCAUCUACAACCUGCUUAGUGUUCUCAUCUGUUGCACCUGUGACCGAAUUCUUUUGCAGAAAGAUUAUAGUUUUCUUAGAGACAUUAACGUGUGGCAUCCCUUCGUAACAAUCGGUGUGUAUUGCUCCACGCUGUCCGCCUCUAUGAGUAAUCUGAUUGGAGCGUCCCGCAUCCUCUACGCUCUGGCACGAGAUGACUUGUUUGGUCGGGCUCUGUCUCCGGCUAAACACACAUCUGGCAGUGGUAACCCCUGGGUGUCUGUUCUGAUCUCUUGGUUUCUCGUACAGCUGGUUUUAUUCUCGGGUAAAUUGAACACUAUUGCGAGUAUCGUGACCAUAUUCUUCCUGCUGGUGUACGCAGCUGUAGAUUUGGCCUGUCUGGCGUUGGAGUGGGCGUCCGCCCCAAAUUUCAGACCAACAUUCAGGUAUUUCACGUGGCACACAUGUGUUCUGGGGAUCAUCGGCUGUGCAGUGAUGAUGUUUCUGAUCAACUCAAUCUACGCGUCUGCCAGUAUCGCAUUCAUGCUGCUGUUACUGCUGUUGAUUCAUUACCUGAGUCCUGUGAGCAGCUGGGGGUUUAUCAGCCAAGCACUGAUAUUCCACCAGGUACGUAAAUACCUGCUGAUGCUGGACGUCCGUAAAGAUCACGUGAAGUUCUGGAGACCUCAGGUGCUGCUGAUGGUGUCCAACCCCAGGUCCAGUGUGGGACUGAUCACCUUCAUCAAUGACAUCAAGAAGAGCGGACUCUAUGUCCUGGGAUACGUGCAGCUGGGAGACCUGGACGUCCUGCCGUCUGAUCCUCUGCAGUCUCAGUAUGACUCCUGGUUGUCUCUGGUGGAUCAUUUGAAUAUUAAAGCGUUUGUGAAUCUCACGCUGGCGGACUCCAUCAGACAUGGCGUUCAGCACCUGCUGUUCAUAUCAGGACUCGGUGGGAUGAGACCCAAUACUCUUGUUCUUGGUUUCUAUGACGACAUCCCGCCUCAGGACCGACUCCAGGACUCCACACUGUCGCUUGCCAAAUCCUCGGACAAUUCCGUUCAAGGUGACGACCCGGAAGAUCAGGACGAUCCACCGUUCCACUUUCCACCUGUGCGUGGGGGUGUGGUUACAAACAGGGGCGGAGUUUGGGGCGGGAAAUCUCUGGGGCCUCAAGAGUAUGUGUGCAUAAUCGCGGACGCCGUUAAGAUGCUGAAGAACGUAGCGUUGGCGCGGUACUUCGGACAGUUUGAUCAAAGUCGAGCGCUCCAGAGUCCAGUCUUCGUUGACGUCUGGCCGGUGAAUCUCUUGCGACCGGACAGCGCUGCGUAUGUCGACACGUGCUCGCUCUUUUUGCUACAGCUCGCCUGCAUUCUUAACAUGACGAGGGCGUGGCAGAAAGCCAAGCUCCGCCUCUUUCUUUGCGUGGAGGCGGGGCGUAGCCUCAAAGCGACGGAACAGAAACUCGGACUUCUCCUGAAAGAACUCCGCAUGAAGGCGGACAUCUGUACGGUGCCCUGGGAUUCCGAAGUCGCCCUUCACUGGCAGCGUCAGAUGCACUCGGAAAUGGAGGAGCCAGCGGACGAGGUGGGCGUAGUCGAAGCUGACAAGUUGUUCGCGAAUAGUUUCCAAAGCAACACCUCGCGAGUGUCAGACGAGUAUUUGCAGGCUGUUAAUAAACUCAUUCUGGACCAGCCGCUCAUAUCGCCUGCCGUACGCUUCCUGUACUUGCCCCGCCCACCCGCGGACACAAGUCGUUACCAUGACUACCUGCGUCAGCUAGAACUGCUCACACGCGACUUAGGCCCCACCCUCUUGAUUCACGGGGUCACCCCAGUUAUUACCACUGACCUUUGAACCUUUGUUCCUCUAGUUUUCACGUCAUGUGCACGCCGUACGAUAAACGAUUCCUGACAUUUCGAAGAGAGGGAGGUACGAAACACUUUAUUAUUAUUAUUGCAAAAAAUUUUCUUUCUGGUUUAAGCACUUCACAUGGUUACUUUAGAAAAGAGAGAGAGAGAUUUCCACACGAAAAACAUGUUUGCUUAGUUUCAAAUUUGACAUUCCAGUUCUUCUUUCUCGAUUCCUUAAUUUUCCCUUUUUCAGAUUGUAACUUCACAAAGCAGGUGAACAUUUUGAGAAUGUCGAAUUCUAGAAUCUUGCACAUGAAUGUUUUCCAUUUUGAGCUUACAAAUCUUGGUACUAUUCCUAAAUAUUUCUCCUAAUGAUGUCAACAUAGACUAUUUGGGAAUAUUAUUAUAUGACAUUUUUAGCCACUCCAGAAGUAUUUUGCGUUUUCACACCAGAACAUCAAAGAUGUGCAAGUGUGUUUGUUUACUUAAAGCAAUAAUGGAUGUUGUUUUUACAGUAAAGACUCUGUUGCCUUCAGCGUAACCGCUGCCAUUUUUAUACGGUUUUGUCAACGAGAUCGGCGUUUUGUUGAUCAUGAAACCAAAGUGCUUUUGUGUUUGUCGUGUGUGUUUGUGGGUUCUUAACUAAAACACACAAACACACACAACUUACAAACCUGAUAAUAUACCUCCAGAUGCACGUACGACAGCACACACUAUUUUGUGUUUGUAUUGUUUUUAAUAUGAAAUCAUUUUAAGCACUGUAAAAGAAUUAUAUAAAAAAUGAAAUUGUUUAAUAAUUGAAUAAACAAUGUUUGCUUACUGUUGUU